AUGGUCGAGAUCCACGACUACACGGAGGAGGCUCUGGAGCCUCCGCCAAGCAGCACCGCGUCCGAUCUGGAAUCGCCGAGCGACGACGAAGUGAUCAGCUACGCCGACCUCAACCGCCGCAUGUGGAAGGACCGGAUGCGGAUGCAGAAGAUGAAGGCCGAACUCAACGCCGCCGACGAGCCCGGCACGGCGGAGAAGCUCGAGCUCUCCCGCCGCAAGAAGAUGUGCCGCGCCCAGGAUGCCGUCCUCAAGUACAUGUCAAAAAUCAUGGACGUCUGCAAGGGCCAGGGCUUCGUCUACGGCAUCGUCCCCGAGAAGGGGAAGCCAGUCACGGGGGCUUCUGACAGCCUCCGUGGCUGGUGGAAGGAGGAGGUCCGCUUUGACCGCAACGCCCCCACUGCGAUCGCCGAGUUCCUCCCCCAGGUGGCCGCGGCCGCAGAGAUCAGCCCGAACUCCUUCAUGCACAUGCUGAUGCUGCAGGAGAUCCAGGACACGACGCUGGGGUCGCUGCUUUCUGCUCUCAUGCAGCACUGCGUGCCGCCGCAGCGGCGCUUUCCGCUGGAGCGCGGUCUGGCACCGCCGUGGUGGCCGCGCGGGGAUGAGCUGUGGUGGGGGGACCAGGGGGAGGCCGCGCACGAGCACGGCCCGCCCCCCUACCGCAAGCCCCAUGACCUGAAGAAGGCCUGGAAGGUCAGCGUGCUCGCCGCGAUUAUAAAGCACAUGGCACCGGAUUUGGAGCGGAUGCGGCGGCUCGUCAACCAGUCCAAGUCGCUGCAGCAUAAGAUGACGGCGAAGGACACCGCGACAUGGGCGAAGGUCGUUAACCAGGAGGAAGCCCUGGUUAAAUUGACACAGAAAUCGCUCUGCAUCUCAAAUCAAGAUGAUGAACAAGAUGAGGUCGAGGAAGAGCUGGUUAUUGAUAGAUCGAUUAAUGCGAAUGAGAAGCGGCCGUGUGAGUUUGGGUCCGGGCGCCGGGCUGGGAGGACGGCGGCGGAGGCUGGAUUUGGGGAUAGUAAUGAAGAUGAGAUUGUUGUGACUGAGAGGAAUACUAUUUUGCAGGAGUUGAAUCUGUGUGAUUGGCUGGAGAUGCCAUUGAUGGAGAAGAGCAAUGGUCAUGAGGUUGAGGGAGAGAAUGGCGGCAGCAGCGGUGAAGCUUCGGGGAGUUUAUGGACCAUUGAAAUGAUCGAGCGGCUCGGGUUUGGGCCGGCGGUUUAUGGGGAUUUGGACCAGGCGGGUUCGGUUUGGGACAUGGGGUAUCAUGACAUGGUAGAUUGA